AUGGCACAGCCGGUAGACCCGAAAGACCCAGAGGGCUUCCUCCGGCGGUGUUCAGGCUACAACAAAAAGAAAAACGUUCGCUGUAGUGCCAUCAUCGGCCGCAACUCUCAUUACGCCAAGAAUGUCCAUUCGACAUUCCUACCGACUUGUUACACCCACAAAGAUCAGCAGAGCUAUGCUGGGUGGUGUCAAUUCAAUCAAGAAGAUGGCGAAAGAUGUGGGAGGCUAUUUCGAUGGACACCGCCUUACCUCGAGCUUUGCGCACAACACCAAGGACACCCCGACACGCCGUGUUAUUUCAUGAAGCUACCUCUUGAACUUCGCUUGGAGGUGUUUCGAUACUUGCUUCCAUCGAGGGCCAUCGGCUCAUCCACUUCCCUGCUUCAUAUCGAUGAAGAUCCCGAUCAACAACAGCCCUGGUACCAUUCGACCGGCCCUACGCGUGCUGGGCCAGCACAUCUUGGUAGAAAUGCGCACAUUGCUCGACCAAGUUCGCCUCUCGACCGCUCCACGAUGCGCAGCGUGUUCCCGAUGCCGCUUAAUAACUUACUCUUAAUCAGCCGACAAGUACACGACGAAGUGAGAGAUUUCUUAUACAGUACCGUUCCAUUCACAGUCGACGUUCGGAAGGAUGGGACCUUCAUGUGUGGCAGGCGUCUUCUAGAGCCAAGAAGGGCAGAUGGAUCCUCUCACUACGUUGUCGGAGAUGUAGACAAAAUCAAAGAAAGGUUCUUGAAGACAUUCAACUGGGCUGCAGUCAAGAACUAUAAUGUUGACAUCUUGGUAGAGAAUUGGAAGGACGACACCAAUCGCGGCUACCAUACUUUCCCUUGGGAUGAAGAGGUGGAAAUCUACGACAUCCGAGACUACAUUGGUGUGGUAAUCUCCGGCAUUCUCAGCAAAGCGCGAAAUCUCUGCAGGCUUAACGUACGGCUCGGCUUUUCCAAGUUCAUAUGGACCCAAGACGAACUCUACGCGAACAUCAAAACUCUAGUUGGGCCUUUUGAGCGCCUAAGGAAUGUUAGACAGCCACGUUUCCUUGGCGUAUACGAAGGGACACCGCAGACCAACUUUAUGAUUAGCCUGCCAGUGACCGGCCACACUACGAUGGCUCCCGUUCAGAACUCAUCGAUGACUGUGCCUGGAUCGUCCCACGGUAGACCGUCAACUCCGCUGUGUUCGGUUCCUCAACUACCCACAAAGGUACCCUUGUCCAUCUGCACCGAGCCUGAGUUCGUCGAAUACCGCACCAACUGGGAACGUUGGAUUGCUUCUGCAUUCGCGACUUCUCUCCUAUCAAAAACCCCGAUCCGUGCCAUGUUCACUGAGCUCAAGGAAUUCUACACUCGUCUUGCAGCUACGGUACCUGACGUGACCGCACGCAACGGUCGCCACGCAUUUCUACAUCGAGCGAGAGUAGCCCGAGAACAAGAGGAUGUAGAAGCGUUCAGACAUCUGAGGAAUGAGCUGAUUACUUAUUGGGAAGCGUAUCUGGAGCAAGAAGAGCGAAAGAAGGAUGACAUGAAUCGGAGACUGAGCAGGAUGUUGGACGUAGAUGUUUACCCAGCUUCCUGGGAUGAAGAUCAUGCAUGCACCAUCGGCUCUAACUCUAGUGCAACCCGCUCAACACCAAGCCCAAGCGCACAAUCGCCUAUCAUCACGGAUGCAGACGCAUGGCUCAAGGCU